UUUAUAGAGUAAGCAAAAUUUCAAGUAAAUCUUAACCUAAAAAAAUCAAAUAAUUGUUAAAAUACUAACAUAAAAUUAUUAUAACUAACUUAAAUAUCUAAUUUAACUAUGUGUUAUUGUAGUUUGUAUAACUUAGGGCAUUCAUGCUCUGUAUGUAUGUUUAAAUCUGAAAGAUGCACGGCGAUCGGCGCGUGCGCAUGCGUGGCGACGCUGCUACUGCUGGCGCUGCUGGCGCUGGUCAGCGUGUCGGUGGGGCUCGGCUUCAACUACUGCUACGUGGACUUCAUCGCUCAGGACCCUUCUACAACCACCCAGUCAGCGCAUUCCAAAGAGCUCUCCCGUCUGCUCAAGCAAGCAUGGAAGACGCUAUUCAACGUGGACGCGCGACGGGUCUCCCGACACUCCGUGGCUGGGGAGAGAGGCACGGCUGUGUUCCUGCAGCUACUGAGGCUGUAUAGGGCUGCUGGGUAUAAGUACCAGCUGGCGGUUAGAGUAGCGUAGGCGGGUAUUAGGUGCCUCUAUUUAGUUAGAAUGGCCUCUCACUGCUGAAGUAGAAGUGUGGUCGUCUGUAGCUUUGUCAAACUUUGUUCUA